AAAGGAACAAAAGAUGUAAAACUAAAUACUUGGCUGAGAAACUUCCUUUGUUUGGCCAUUCUAAGCAAAGCAAACAAAACCCUUUUCCCUUUCUUUUUUCUUCAUAACAAAUUAAACAGAGAAAACUAAUAAGCAAGGCAAUGGUUUCACUAUGCUUGAAUUCAUUGCCACUUCCACCUUCUUCAUGCCCCCAAAAACUUACUGAAACUUCCUCUUCUUUUAGUAAUGGUAGUAUAGGAACAGCCUUGAAGCCCAUUGUCGUCAAUGGAAAUCCUCCCACUUUUGUUUCUGCUCCUGGUCGCCGUAUAGUUGCAGUUGGAGAUCUACACGGAGACCUUGAUCAAGCAAGAUAUGCGCUUGAAAUGGCUGGUGUCUUGAGUUCGGAUGGUCAAGACCUAUGGACUGGAGAAGAUGCGGUACUUGUUCAGCUAGGAGAUGUGCUUGAUCGAGGAGAUGAUGAAAUAGCUAUCUUAUCCUUGUUGCGAUCAUUAGAUAUACAAGCCAAGGCUAAAGGUGGAGCUGUUUUCCAGGUCAAUGGAAAUCAUGAAACUAUGAAUGUGGAAGGGGAUUUUAGAUAUGUAGAGUCUGGUGCUUUUGACGAGUGUGCUGAUUUCCUGGAAUACUUGAAUGACUAUGAAUAUGACUGGAAUGAAGCAUUUGUUCGUUGGUGUGGCGUGUCUAGAAUAUGGAAAGAUGAACGUAAAAUGUCCAGAAACCAUUGGGGUCCAUGGAAUCUGGUAGAGAGACAAAAGGGGGUGAUUGCCAGAUCAGUUCUGUUUAGACCGGGUGGUCCACUAGCGUGUGAGUUGGCACGACAUGCUGUAGCUCUUAAGGUUAAUGAUUGGAUCUUCUGUCAUGGUGGCCUCCUUCCUCACCAUGUUGCUUAUGGCAUAGAAAAGAUGAACAAGGAAGUAUCUCAGUGGAUGAGAGGUCUUAUUGAAGAGGAUACUAAUCGUAACAUGCCCUUCAUAGCCACAAAAGGCUAUGAUAGCGUUGUUUGGAACCGCUUAUACUCUAGAAAUAUUUCAGACUUGGCGGAUUAUCAGAUUAACCAGAUAAAUGCUAUUCUUCAAGAGACACUGCAAGCACUAGGAGCUAAGGCAAUGGUGGUUGGCCACACACCUCAAUUCUCUGGGGCAAAUUGUGAGUACAAUUGCAGCAUAUGGCGCAUUGAUGUGGGAAUGUCCAGUGGAGUUCUUAAUUCGAGACCAGAGGUUCUAGAGAUAAGAGAUGAUAAAGCAAGAGUAAUAAGGAGCAAAAGGAACAGAUUCAGUGAGCUUCAGAUGGUUGACUAUAUAUAGAUACAGGAUAAAUAUUCAGAAUAUUGUUGCUUCAACUUUCAACUACAGUUGGAGUAUUUAUAAGUUGCUGGAAUCAUCAUCCAGAAAUAUGAUGAUGAAAAAGAAAAUAUUUGCAGAGGCAACUUUUGUAAAUCAACAGAGGAAGAUGUCUGAGAAGCUGAAGUUGAUCCCGGAACCAGGCUGGCUUUUAUGUCUAACCAUGUUUCUAAUUUUAUUUUUCUUUCCUGCUCUGUUGUAAACUAUUUCAAUUGUGAAUUUGGCAGGCAGGCUUAUAUUUUAGUUUACAAUAAUACGUGUAUAUUUUUAUUUUAUUGCACCGUCUAAUUUGCUCCUAACAUAUUGGAUUUGUGAUAUAGAAAAACUUUUCGAGGUUUCACAAA